AUGGCUGCCUGUGCGGAAAUUUAUAGCUCAUAUUUUGGUUCCUGUACCGCCCUCGACAGACUGUUUACUAAGAUCAAACUAGAUUGGAGUGACGGAAAGAUGAUCCUCCUUAAGGUUCUUUCAGAUGCAAUAGACGUUUUAAAAAGAUUCCGUAAUCAGAGUGAACCGGUAUAUAUGUUUAUAGUUAAAAUGAAAACAACGAAAGUCUUUCGAGGUGUUGAUAGCAUAAAAUUUGCUGAAGUCGUCAAGAGCGAAUUGUACUAUUUCAAUUUAAAGCAUGAAGGCAUUAAUUCUGAUCGUCCAUUUUAUGAACUAGACGAAGCAACGCCGGAUGAAAUGGAUUGGAUCAACAAAAGGACAGUCGAGAAGGAACAAGAGGAAAUAUCACUAAUGACACGACGAGCGGCUCGUCAAGCUGCUCGCAAGCAACACCGAGCUGAAUUAAUGGUGCCACACCUGAAGCAUUUGAAUUUCGUGCUGUUUUGGCCACAUGCUACGCAUGCUCAUCCAGAGUUAUACGAGAAAUGGAAUGAAAACAAUAUUGUAAUGGUUGGCCGUGAAGAAAUGAAAUUAACAAAAGAACAAGCAAUGGAUAUACUAUAUGCUGGAGAUGCUCCUACAAACGAAGCUUCAAUACAUCAACUCUUGUCCGGGUCAUCUCUUGCUAUUUGCUUUCGUUCGCUUGAUUCUGAACGAGAUUUUGUAGCCACUGUACGUAAAAUUCUGUAUGAAGACAUUAUUGAUCCUGAAAAUGAGCGGGUUCCGUAUCAUGGCACCGCAUUUGAUCGUUAUAAGUCUUAUAGUCUAACAAGAGAAGAGAUUUGGCAAAAAAGACGCGAAAAGAGAAUAAAACAAAAGGAGGAAGCUAAAGAAAAACAGGAAAGACAUAUAUCAGAGUUACAACGUUUAGGACGACAAGCUAAACAAGAAGAGAUUGAAGCUAAGAAAGUGGAAAAAGAACAACGGAGAAUAAAUCUUCUGAAGUCUCUAAAUGUCAAUGCUCUUGAAGAUAUGCAAGAAGAAUCUGAUAAUGAAGUUGUGUCUAUUGAAAUUUUAAAGACAUCGGAAGUAGUUGAGGAUGAAAGUGCUGAAGAAGAAGAUGAAGAUGAAUACUUCCCUCCGGCUGGACUUCUAGUGCCUGGCUUCUAUGCUCCACCCAACGAUAUUGCUAAAACCAAUGGACUUGGUGUAUUGUUCUCUAAGCUGGUAUACGAGUGCGUGACCCCACAGUCCGAGUUUCUGCCACCACACGUAUUGGUUAUGCUGGAAAUCAACAAACGGUACAAAGCAAUUGAAGCUGUCAGAAAACAUAGACAAUUGGUCUUACAUGUGGGUAUUUUUAUUGCAAAGUUACCUCAAAACUCAGUUCACAUAGCAUUCUCUGUUCGGCAAUAUGAUUCGCUUACGAAAAAGCAGUACAGUGAUGACAUAAAACUCGCUUUCAUGCUAUCUAUUGAAGUCGAUAUAGCAUUAUUGGAGCUAAUGGAUUUGAACCCCAUACAUGUCAGCCGAGACCACACCUUCGGUGAAGAAGAAUGCGCCGCCAUGUUUCCUGUCGGUUAUGGCGAUGCAUACCCAGAAUUUGAAGAUUUUGCUGACCGACGCUUUAGCAAAUGACAUGUCCUAGUAGACAUGACACUCAGUUGAAUUGCCCUGCAUAUAAUAAUAAUAUAACUAUAGCUAUGGAUUGCAUGAUUCAUUGACAUUCUCAUUUCACUGGGAUCAGCAUUAUGUACAUCGGGAGUCGAAUUAUGUUACAUAUUGUACGGACUUUGAGCUUGGUUCUAGCUUGCGACGCACGUUGACACUUUACAUGGCU